UCAGUUCAAGUUCAAUGUUCAACUUGUAGUGGUGUAUAGUAGAGCUUUUAAAAAAUUCCCAUGGCCCCUACCGCUUGCAGUUUGUUUAUAAAUAUUUGCAUUCGAAUCAGUGUGGUCUGGCAGAGUUAAAAAAAAAACGGGGGGCAUAGUAGGAUCGAAUUUAUACAUGAGUCGCGAUCGGUUAGUGUCAGUUCCAGUUGUGCUUAUGUACUUUGUGGUAUUACAUUUUCGCCGAUUGUCAAGGUUCGCAAAAUGGAGCCCUUGUCGGUAACCAACACUGAAUUCUACUGCAUGGAAAAUGCGAAACUCCAUCACACCGACGAGUACGACUUGGUGAAAGCUAAUCCACCUACGCCGGUCCUAAGAAGAGGCGCCACAUUCGCGAUGGCAAUACAAUUUAAUAGACCUUUCAACCAAGAUGCCGAUAUCGUCAGAGUCAGAUUUGAAUUUGGUCCGAAACCGAACACCAUUCGUGGUACUAGAGCGGUGCUGCCACUUCGUGCAAAAGUGAGACGUUUUCCUGAAGACCCAAAUUUGUGGGGAGGUAUCCUUAAUUCAACUAAUGCACAAACAAAUAGCGUCGUGCUUCAAGUUCGAAUACCGCCUACGGCCCAAAUUGGAAUAUGGAGCUGCUCGAUCCAGACCAACAUAGCUGGAGAAAAACAUAGAGGAAAUCGUAGAGACUACAAAGUUCCUGAUGAUAUUUACAUCAUAUUUAACCCAUGGUGUCCAGAAGACAGCGUCUACAUGGAAAACGAAGACGAAAGAGAAGAGUAUAUUUUAAACGAAACUGGUAAAAUUUGGUGUGGCACCUUCAAGAACCCCACGGGCAAACACUGGAUCUUCGGUCAAUUCGACGAGAUAUCUCUACCUGCGGCUGUUUUCCUUCUGGAGAAAUCCGGACUCGCCACUGAAGGCAGAGGGUCUCCUGUGCUUAUAGCUAGAGCCCUGUCAGCCAUAAUCAAUUCCAAAGACGACGAUGGUCUUCUAGAAGGCAAGUGGGACGGUGAAUACGGCGAUGGUACCUCACCACACGCCUGGACUGGGUCUACAGCUAUUUUGGAACAAUAUCUGAGCACUGGAGGAACUCCAGUUAAAUAUGGGCAGUGUUGGGUGUUUUCUGCGGUCACGGUCACCAUCUGUAGGGCUCUGGGCUUGCCUUGCAGGUCAACGACCAACUACAUAUCUGCGCAUGACACCAACAGAUCUAUGACAGUAGAUAAAUAUUUCGACCUAUUUGGUAACAAAAUCGAGGACGGUCCAGAGGGUGAAUCUGACUCCUGUUGGAAUUUCCACGUCUGGAACGACGUCUGGAUGACCAGACCUGACCUACCUCCAGGUUACGGUGGUUGGCAAAUCAUCGACGCCACUCCCCAAGAAGAAAGUGACAAGGUCAUGAGAUGCGGGCCCGCUUCCGUGGCAGCCGUGAAGAGAGGAGAAGUGGGGUACUUGUAUGACACCCCAUUUGUGUUCUCUGAAGUAAACGCCGACGUGGUGCAUUUCAAGGAAGACGAAGAGUCGGACUGGGGAUUCAGCAGGAUAUCCGUCAACAAAUAUCAUGUUGGACGGAAGAUUUUGACCAAGAAACUAGGCCCCACUGACGACAACGGCGAUAGCGAUCUGCUGGACGUGACUUUUAUAUACAAAAAUAAAGAGGGUUCAGAAGCGGAACGUUUGGCGGUCUACAACGCCGCUAGAGGCAUACCGCGUGCCCAGGAGUUCUACAGGCUUCCCAACAAAGACAAAGAGGACGUCUUCUUCGAUCUAAUAGACAUUGAUACGGUGCCGUUUGGAGAAGAUUUCAACGUCGUGGUGAAAUUGCACAACAAGGCCAAUGAAGAGAGAACUAUUAAAGCAGUUUUGUCCGCCAGUUCGAUAUAUUACAGAGGAAACACGGCUAAUGAUAUUAAGAAGUCCCGUCCAAGCUCUUUCAAGUUGAAACCAGGGCAGGAAGAUACUUUGUCGAUGACGAUUACGCCCGGUGAAUAUUUGGAUAAACUGGUCGAUCAUAAUUUUAUAAAGGUCUAUGCAAUUGCUACGGUGGAGGAGACUAAGCAAACAUGGAGCGAAGAGGAUGACUUUACUCUUAUAUUGCCGCAAAUGACGUUAAAUGUUCCAGGGCAAUGUAAAGUAGGGGAGCCGUGUGUCGUCAGCUUUAGCUUUCAAAAUCCUUUGAACAUCCCUUUGACCGAAUGCGUGUACGUCGUAGAAGGCCCUGGUCAUCAAAAGCCCAGAACUAUAAAAUUCAGAAACGUCAAUCCUAAAGAGGUGGUCACAGAAACCGAAACGUUCACCGCGAAGAAGAAGGGAGAGAGGAAAAUCGUGGUUAACUUCACGUCGAGGCAGAUCCACAAUAUCAACGCGAGUACAAAAGUGCAAAUCGUGUAGGAUUUGCAUUUUUUAGGUGUUCUAUGCGAAGUAAACUUCAAGCUAAAGUUCAAAGGCAGUUUUAAAGAUCGUUUUUUUUUUUUAAGAAGUAGGUACUGUUGUCGGUAACGUGGUAUGUUAUUGGUGGUAUCGUGGUUGAAAUUGACAUUGGACAAGACUUGGUUGGGUCAGGAAGAGUAAAUUUAUGAAAAAAAUUGUUACUCAAUCAAUUCGGUAACAAUAACAAAAUUUAUUUUGCUGUAAAUCUGACUACGAGUCAGAGAAAAGAAAUGAUGCGUGAUAUGUAUAUUAUUGUUUGUAUUGUUAAUUUUAGUUACUUACGAGCAAAUCGUUUCAAAUAAAAUUAGAUAAUAGGGUAUUAGUUUUAGCUCAAACUAGGUAUUUUGUACUAACAAGUAGACACAUAGAAAGUUUAUAUUUACCGUUAAGUAUAUUUUGUACCUAUUUAUAUAUUACUAAGAUUUUUGGAAAUAAACGAAAUUAAAGUCUUAAA